GUGAACAAUGCAGGGAUUAUAGCUCUGGGUGGCAUUCAGAAGGCAACCCUGGAGCAGUACGACAAGCUCAUGAACACAAAUGUCAGGUCCAUGUUCCAUUUGACCCAGCUGGCAGUGCCAUAUCUGAUCAAAACCCAAGGAAAUAUUGUUAAUGUUUCCAGCAUCAAUGGACUUCGAGCCUUUGCAGGAGUCCUAACAUAUAGCAUCUCCAAACAUGCAAUUGAUGCAUUCACAAGAUGUGUGGCUUUGGAUUUGGCAGACAAGAAAGUGAGGGUGAAUUGUGUCAACCCUGGUGUCACACACACAGAGCUGCACAAACGAGCUGGCCUGAGCGAGAAGGAAUAUGAAGCAUAUCUGAAACGUGCCAGAUUUACUCACGCUUUGGGAAGAUAUGGAGAGCCUGAAGAAGUGGCUGAUUGUAUUGCCUUCCUGGUCUCGGAUCUUGCAUCAUUUAUCACCGGAGCAAGCAUACCUGUUGAUGGAGGCAGACAUGCUCUGUGCCCCAGCAGUUUAUCUAGGGAAGAAGGAGGUGUCUCAGCCAUGGCUCAAAGUGUCGAAGUUUAG